UAUGAAGAAAGUAUCCCAAAAGGAUAUUCAGUGUUUAGUGUGCGGAUAAGGAAAUAUAGAAAAAGUGUCCUGAAACGAUAUACAGAUAAAUUAUCUUACGAUGCCAUUAGAAGGCGCCAAUUGGGCGCUGCUGGUGUGUCUCAGUAUCUUUCUUGGAUGUGUCCGGAUUCAAGCCUACUCCCAAGUUUUGGUCAGUGGCACUGGAGCAGAAAACGAUCAGGGACCACGCAUUUUCAAGGCCCUUAAUACGGAUCUGAUAUUCCCGAAAACCUUCAACUCGAGUGAGAAUGUGGUAUCCACCACUGGAGUUCCUGAGAUAACGUCCACAUCCACGACAACCCUGCCACCCAUUCCAUACAACCAUCAACCCGAGGGAACAACCAACUCCCCGGUGUUUGUGACCCCCUUGGUUGCAUUAGAUACGGGAAGAGUCAGUGAUCCUGCUCCUGCUCCAGAUCCUGCGCCUGUAUCAGAGGACCAGCCGGAUCCUGUGAUAGAAGGAGCCUCCACAGGACGUGCCGUGGAUUACAGGACAGCGUAUCCCUUCGGCCAACUGAUAACUCCGUUGUUGAGGGGCGGCAAGCCACAGCAGUACAACUCCCUUCCCUCAAAGACCCGUAUUUAUCCCCAAGGUAGACCCACUUACUACUCCUCAUCAUCACGAAAACCAUCUCGCUAUCAAUCAUCGAGGCCCAGUUAUAAAAAAGGAUUCAGUGAUCGCUUCACUCCUGGCGAAGGAACCGCCGCUAAUCUGUUCAAGGGGCACAAUCACAAUCACAAUCACGAUCACAGUCACGAUCACAGUCAUGACCAUUCCCACGGACAGGAUGGCAAAGUGGCCGCCGGAUCGAGUUCGGUGAACUCCUAUGUGGCUCCCAGCGAUGCCUACUCCUUUCCGCCGCUGAACACCAAGUAUCCAUCGCCGUCGCAGGAUCCCAAAGCAGCCCUGCCUUCGGAUACCGUGACCAGUUACUUGCCACCCGCAUCGGGAGGACUGAGCAACGCGGGAUACAACUAUCCAGGACCCUCCUUCUCGGGUUACAAGUACCCGGGACCACUGGCAAAUGGAAAUGGUGACAAGGAUACGGCGGCCAGCAUGGCGAGUGCAUCUCCUCCGGCCGAUGAUGAUCCCGGCAAUGAUGAUACGAUUGGAGUUCUGCCCGCCAGUGCCAUGGAUAAUCUACCGUCGAAGGAUCAGGAAGGCAAGGAUGCCGGCGGUGCUGCUCCUGCGGAUGGCAUGGAUAUGGGUCCCGCUGCAGAUGGAGGUGACAGUGGUGGAGGCGACGAUGGCUCCCUACCAGCGCUCCACAACGAUGGCUCGCGUCCCGACGACGAUCACAAGUACGAUCCCCAAAUGGAGUAUGCCACACCACCGCCUGGCUGGCUGGAAUCUCACCCGGAGUCGGCGGCUCCCAAGCCGGAGGAUCACGAUCACGAUCACGACCAUGCGCCGGAUCACGAUCAUGUGCAUGAUCACCACCACGAUCACUACCCCAGUCACUUUGAUUACCAGCCCUCCUACCCGGAUGACUCCUAUCCGGAUGUGAUUUACGACGAUCACCCGCAUCAUCACCACCACGUUCACCACCCACCGCCGCCUCCUCCUCCUCCACCGCCACCACCACCACCGCCGCCACCGACGGAGCCACCUCCACCUCCUCCGCCGCCACCAGAGCCACGUGUGAAGAAGUACAGCUACUUCUACAUCGGCCGCAAGCUCUGGUACAUUCCGCUGUACUUCACCGUGUGGUUCAGCUUCUACAUCCUGUGGCUGAUCAUCAAGUCCAUCGGUCGCCACAAGGUCAACCUGCCCAAUCACUACGUUUCGCGACGCAGUGCUCCCGAUCCGUUCACCGAACAGGGUCGGGACGAGUAUAUCAACGAGAUGACGGUCAGGGUGCUGGAACACAUCGAUAGCUUUAGGCAGAAAUACUUGAACUGAUAAGGACGCUACUAAAUACUUAAUGGCUAAUAAAAGCUUAA